AUGAUAGAAGAGAGCCUGCGAUAUACCUCGUUCGUCAAGUUUACGCUCGAAAGUCUACAAAUACAUCAACUCAUGGAGAGAAGCUAAAUAAUUUCUGUUUUGCAAAAAGCACGGGCACGACCGGACAAAUUUGUCCGAUGUUUUACCGGCGCGAAAGUUUCGCGGAACGGGAACGUGACAAUUCGUCAACGUGAUUUAUAAAUUCGUCCUGACGAACACGCUGCAGCGACCAGGAAACUCCGCCCGAAAUGAUUAUAAUGCGCGUUCGCUAAGCAUGCAGAUAAAAAACUUCGCCGCAGCACGUAGAAGUGGACGUAGAAAUCCAACAUCUCGAUGUAUAAGACAUUAAAAUUCUUGUGGGAGAAAAAAAGUCGAAAUGGUAUGGCUCCUAGACUUCUUCGAUGCGACGCACAGCCGCGCUCAAGGCUAUGUCGCAACGACGUGGUAGCGUCAUCGAUAUCGUCGUCCAGCUCAGCGGAGGAAGAUACGAGCCAGAGAGCGGUAACAACAGCAGCAAACGCGGUGGCAGCAGCAGCGGUAAACGCGACGUGGACGAUGUAGACGACGACGACGACGACGACGACGACGACGAGGACCGGCUCUGCUGCUGUUACUGUUAUUUUUAACCCGACGCCGACGCGCCGAGUCCGUAGUCUAAAACCGCGUCUACCCUCUCGCGUCCUCCUCGUCUUCUCCAUCAUGAUUUUCCUUCUCUCUUUUUCUCUCUCUCUCUCUCUCUCUCUUCGGUUCCUUCCUCUCUUCUCUUUCUUCUUCUUCUUCUUCUUCUUCUUCUUAGCUGAGACGAUGGGAAGGUUCACCAGGCACGCAUAUUUCGGAGCCUAUUUUCAAAGUGACUUUCUAUUUUCAAAGUCAUAGGACGCCAGUCGGACGUUCGGGGCAUCUUGAAGAUGAGAAUCGAGCUUAGAAAGCGCAACAGACUCGAAGUUCGUUUUUCCUAAACACGUUAUGCUUCGUAUAUGCUUUCAAGAU